GUUGUCACAUGGUUUGUGUUUGCUGCCUGGUUAGUGGGAGUGGUUGAGACAUUUUAUGAGAGAAGUUGAACAGUUAUGUAUUAAAUCUUCAGAAACCUCAAAAGUUGAAGGGGACCACAACAUCUGCAUUGCAUUGGCCUGAAAAUAUGGAAAUUCCUGCCGUAAACCUCAAGGCCAUAGUACUAAUGCACUGGCUACUGACCAUCUGGGGCUGCAUGGCCUGGCUACCCCCCUCUUAUGCCUGGGGGAACUUCAGUGUCUUGGCUGUGGGUGUGUGGGCCAUCGCUCAGAGGGACUCCAUCGAUGCUGUACUUAUGUUUCUUAUUGGGAUUGCAGUGACAAUAUUGACGGACAUCAUCCAUUUUGGGAUCUACUAUCCGCUGGCCGAGGGUCUAGCAGAGAGGAACAGGGACACAUUCCGCUUCAGUGCGGGCAUGGCCAUCCUGGGCCUGCUACUCAAACCUGUCUCUUGCUUCUUCGUCUACCAAAUGUACAGAGAGCGCGGAGGAGAUUACAAUGUCAACUUUGGCUUCCCCAGUGUAACACGAAACAGAGAUGCUUACCAGUCCAUUGACCAGCAGGACCAGUCCACCAGCUCAGCCAACCCCUUCAACCAGGCCGAGGGCACCAAGCCUGGACCACCACACUCCUACUGAGAUACAGCACUCACUUUAUUCUCUUGGAAUUACAUGGUGUCAUGAAGACAUCCAUAAUGUUUUUCCAUAUGUUUUUUUUCCUUUCAUAUGGGUAUUUGUGAACUGCAAAAGACCUUUUGUCCUGAGCUUUAUUCAAUCCCUUACCAGUAAUGCCUCGUUCUAAAUACUCACUGUCAUGGUAAAAUAAUAUGAUCUGCUUACUGUAUGCUUGAUGCUCAGGGUAAUGUCACAUACCUUGGACACAAGACCAACACUAAAAUGAGAGAAAUGAAGUUUUUGAAUUUUAUGGUGUAGUAAUAACAGGGGGAUAAUACAGAAUUAUACAGCGGAGUUUGCCUGCCCUCUUACCAAUAUCUACCCUGUCCUAAAUGCUACUAUAUUUCUUACUUUAUUUAAAAGAUGCCUGAUGAAAGGUCUGUGUUGUCCUAACCCUUGAAGAUGGACAUGAGUGUUUACAACAGUAUUAUUGCCAGUGUUUGGAAUAACCAGUGCUCUGGUUUUGUGUUAUUUUUAGCAAGCCUUAUGUUAGUGUUAUUUUUAGCAAGCCUUAUGUUAGUGUAUCAUAAGCUAUUCUCAGCACCACCAUCUACUCAAAUCAAAACAUAUUGAAGAUAAUGUCAAAUAGAGAGGUUAAUGGUGGUGCAGUUUGUAAACCCUUCCAUUUGACUAUUCAUUUUAACACAAUCCUGUCAGACAUUUCCAGUUUUACCUCACAAUCUGACUAUGUGACAGAGCAUUACAGCUUUCAGGGAGGACUUGUAUCUCUUUGUUGUAAAGUGAAAUAUAACCCUCUAAUGUUAGAUCCUGUUUCAGGAUCAGGAGGGUUUUGAAAAGGUCAAGAUGUAGAAAGCGUGCAAGUCAUUUGGUCUGCAACGGUUCUUUGACAUUCUUUAUUGAAACUAGUUCACUGUGAGUAUACUUUUAAAAUCAGUAUUAAGAAUGAGAAACUUUCUGCCUUCUAUACCUUACAGGUAGGAUUUACCUCUGAGCUGAGAGAGAAGCAGAUGCCUGUUACAGCCUAGUAAAUAUGAACCAGGAAGAACAACUAUAUUCCUGGUUGUGAUUUGCAUAGUUUUGUCAGUGUUUAACAGGGCACAUUCCUUGUAAAAUGUUAGCACUUGUGUCCUCAAUCAUUCCAAAUGCAUAUUUUUUUUUUAUGUACCUGAUCAAUUUUGUAAGAUUUGUGUCUUUGCCUUUCAUGUGUAAAUGCCCUAAAGCCUUCGUCAAAGAACACUACUCUUAUCUUUACACUGACUGUGAAGCAAUUUUCGUGAACAACUGUGUUUGUCCCAGCAGUGUUGAGUUGUUCUCUUGAGAAAAUACAGACACUCUUUAUUGAUCUGAAUGAGUUACAAGCCAUAUUGAUUUGAGUAACAUGGGUGAAUACCAAACAUUCACAACCUUGAAAUUCUAUCCACAAGUUAAUAAAAAAACUACAGCUCUGACAUAAUUUA